AGGAAACCUGGUUACCUGUCAAUGUGGGCACCUGUGGUUUAAGUAAACCUGUCAGUGCGAGCACACAGGAGGUUUGAGGAUUCCAUGCACUGUGCACUUUUGUCAGGUGUGAGCUAAGGCAGACUGCAACCCUAGGGUCAUUAGAAGAUGCAACAAGGUCGUCUAAGACUGCGACCCUGGCUUGAGAAGCAGAUACAGUCAGGGAAAUACCCAGGUGUCAUCUGGCUUGAUGAGACAGCUCAGGUUUUCCAGAUUCCUUGGAAGCAUGCGGCUCGACAUGGUUGGAAUAUAGACAAGGACGCCACUUUGUUCCGAAACUGGGCAAUGCACACAGGCAGAUACAAACCUGGGAUAGACAAGCCUGAUCCUAAGACCUGGAAAGCCAACUUCCGAUGUGCCCUGAACACUCUACCCGAUGUGAAAGAGCUACAGGGCAAGAGCAUCAAGAAGGGCAGUAAUGCCUCCAGGGUUUACAUGAUGCUGCCUGUUGUUAAACGUAUCGAACGAAUAAAAGGACCACAGAAGUCAGACGUUGAUAUAAAACAUAGUCCGAUCUCCCUCUCAGAAAAUGAGGCACGUUCUUGUGCUCCACUGGAUGGGUUUGCAGAGGUUUUCCUGAAGUAUAGAGGGGGACAGACCAGUCACAACCCUGCUAUGUUUCAUGGCGAGGACAACUACCCUCCCAACAACAACGAGGAAAGAUCACCAGAACAACCCUACUCUCAGCAGUCUUCCUUCACACCUGAAGCACAUAAAAACUCUGAUGCUAAUGAGCAAGCAGACGCUGUUUUCAAGAUAGUUGAUCACCUAAAACGCUUGGAGCACUGGAGCCAGUCUAAUGACAACAGAAGCUGGAGGGCAGCAGACGCCAGCUGGGUGGAUAGUUACUGUGAGGAUAUGGAUUACUUUGGGUAUCCCAUGGAGACGGACUGCUACACUUACAGUGCACAGCAAAUACCAUUUCUAUAAGACGAGUGGGAGCAACAUGCAUCGAACAGAAUGCCAAGCUAAAAUCCCCAAAAAAGGAGGAUAUACCACAUUCCAAGCCAUGCUGGCACAAGCUCUCUAAAAUUCUGUAUUCUGAUGGACUGCAAGACGGCGACCAAGGGUCUGAGCACACAUACAGUACAUUAAAAACUAAGUGCUACACCAUCACAUUACAGUGACAGUCUACUUGUUCAGAUUAGAAUGACUGAGUUCUUUUAAAUGUUUGCUUUUUAUUGAACUUAAAAUUGACACAAUAGGCCUACAUGUUGUUUACGUUAUAACUAAACUUCUUAAAUUGAGAGUUUUAGCAUAGCAUCUCAGGAAAUACCCUUCAAGAUUGAGAUAGUUUAGGAUGAGUUGGACCAGAGUGAAGGAAAAACAUCAACAGUGCUCAGCAUAUGUGUGAACUCCCAAGAAUGUUGAAAAAGCAUUCCUCGUGAAGCUGGUUGAGAGAAUGCCAAUAGUGUGCAAAGCUGUCAAAGCAAAGGGUGGCUACUUUAAAGAAUCUCAAAGAUAAAAUAUAUUUUGAUUUGUUUUAACACUUCUUUUGGUUACUACAUGAUUCCAUGUGUGUUAUUUCAUAGUUUUGAUGUCUUCAAUAUUAUUCUACAAUGUAGAAAAUAGUAAAAAUAAAGAGAACCCCUGGAAUGAG